AACAGAUCCCUAAUAUAAAUAAAGGAGAGGCAAUCAGUCGUACCCAAUGAAUUCAUGCCAUUUUCAAAACCCGCACCACCUCUCACCCCUUUCCCCCCUUCACCGCCGCCGAUAACUCCGGCGAUCUUCCGUCGAUGGUAUGCCCUACGGUCGGCGCCUGUUCGAAGUUAUGAAGCUCCUGAGCUGGCUAGGCUGCUGCCGGCGAAGAAGGCCCGGGAGAUUCGGCGGAGGAGGGGAAGGAGGAGAUGGAGUCGGAGGAAAGGAUAAAGAGGUAAGUUGUCUUCCUUCUUGGAACCUGUUCAUCGACCUCGCUACGCUGGAAGCCGCCACUGAUAACUUCUCGGAUGCAAAUCUCCUCGGCCGCGGAGGCUUCGGUCCUGUCUACAAGGGAGUGAUGGCCAAUGGGCAGGAGAUUGCAGUGAAGCAACUGGCGCUCGACUCGCGACAAGGGGUAAGAGAAUUCACCAAUGAGGUGAGGCUACUUCUUAAGGUUCAGCACCGUAAUCUAGUCACCCUACUUGGCUGCUGCGCCGCUCCGGGAGAGAAGAUGCUAGUCUACCCCUUCUUACCUAACCGCAGCCUCGACCAUUUCCUAUUUG